UUUGUUUUUUGAGACAGGGUUUCCCUGUGUAGCUUUGCUCCUUUCUUGGAACUCACUUGGUAGCCCAGGCUGGCCUUGAACUCACGGAGAUCCGCCUGCCUCCCGAGUGCUGGGAUUAAAGGCGUGCGCCAUCACCACCCGGCCCAUGUGGCUUCUCGUUUUCAUGUUUUAGCUCAGCGGCAGAAACAUUUGUCAAAGAAGUGACAUUUAGAAUAUGUGAUGUUAUUCUAAAAGGACUUCAGUAAGACUUUCUGAUUGCUUUUGAUGUAAAAGUUGAAUUUAAUAUUUGUUAGUUGAGGUACAUUGCCUUUUCUUCACAUCCUCUUUGAAACAAGUUAAAUAGCCUAGGUGGUGUCUGGAAGUCCUGGAGGAUCAAGGGAGAGUAGAAGGAGGGUCUUUCACAAAGUUGGUAAGGAUCACUGAACAAAAAGGAAUCUAGAAACAAAGGCUUGAAACCUGGAGUCUAACAUAUUUUGGGCUAAAUGUUUAUGAUUUUGUCUCUUCAUUUUUUUUUAGAAAGAAAAUGGUCCCAUUGAGUGGUCAGAGUCCUGCCUUCCUCAUGCGUUAUGUUCCCAGAGCUGUUUGCCUGAUGACUAAAAUGAGAGGAAGUAUGUGGCAGUGCUCUGGAGUGUGGGAAGGAGAGAGACAAGCGUUUUGAAAACCCAGUUUCUUUGUUGUCUUCUGUUCUCUUCUUCCUAGAGUUUGCACAUACUUUGUUAGAAAAGUUUGUAGCAAAAACGUUAAAUUUUGAAUUUUUGAACAUGGCAUUUAAAGUAAAAUUAGAGAAUUGAAGCUUUGAAAAUCAUUGAUUUAAUGAAAAAUUGAUGUGCAUAUUUAGCUUAAAUACAAGGCAAGUCCUGUUGCACAUUCUCAUAGAGCAGUGUAUACAAUGUGAAUGAACAAUAGGGUUAGCUCUACCAGGAGGUGUUUGAAAACUGAGCUUGUUUAUCAGAAUAAUAUCUAAUUGCUGUCCUGUAUGUGGGGAUUGUUUUGAGGAUAGGCUGAAAUGGUGUUCCUUUACAUUUUCAGAGGUCUUGCUUUGCCCAGCGUGGAUUGUAAGAAGACACAGACCAACAUUCUGAUAUGACUUUUGUAUGUGUGUGUUUUCAUGUGCUUUAGUCUUCCACUAGCCCCAUGAGAUAAGUAGUACUGUGGGAGUUUGAAGAUGAAAUUGCUGGUUCCAGUGUAUGUAACCAGAAGAGUAAAAAUAAUAUGAAGAAGCAAAGUAUUGAGCAAUAAAUGAAAAGUCUUUAAAAACAGAAGAAAUGGAUUAUUCCUCUAGGUCGGAGCACCAUAACAUGGUGUGGGAAGUGAAGACAAAUCAGAUGCCUAAUGCAGUACAGAAACUCCUGCUGGUGAUGGACAAGAGAGCGCCAGGAAUGAGUGACUCGCUGGAGUUGCUGCAGUGUAAUGAGAAUUUGCCAUCCUCUCCAGGAUACAACUCCUGUGACGAGCACAUGGAGCUUGAUGACCUUCCUGAACUUCAGGCUGUUCAGAGUGAUCCUGCCCAGUCUGCCAUAUACCAGCUAAGUUCAGAUGUAUCUCAUCAAGACUAUCCAAGACCGUCUUGGAGCCAGAAUACCUCAGACAUAUCGGAAAAUGCUCACCGUGAAGAUGAGGUGGACUGGCUGACAGAGUUAGCAAAUAUUGCCACUAGUCCACAAAGUCCACUGAUGCAGUGCUCCUUCUACAACAGAUCAUCUCCUGUACACAUCAUAGCUACUAGCAAAAGUUUACAUUCCUAUGCACGCCCACCACCAGUGUCCUCUUCUUCAAAGAGCAGGCCAGCCUUCCCUCAUGACCACUGGAAGGAAGAAACACCAGUAAGACAUGAAAGGGCGAACAGUGAAUCUGAGUCUGGCAUUUUCUGCAUGUCCUCCCUGUCAGACGACGAUGACCUGGGCUGGUGCAAUUCCUGGCCGGCAACUGUUUGGCACUGUUUCCUGAAAGGCACACGACUGUGCUUCCAUAAGGAAAGCAAUAAGGAAUGGCAAGAUGUUGAAGACUUUGCUAGAGCGGAAGGCUGUGAUAAUGAGGAAGAGAUUCAAAUGGGCACUCACAAGGGCUAUGGUUCUGAUGGUCUAAAGUUGUUAUCCCAUGAAGAGAGUGUAUCAUUUGGUGAGUCUGUGCUGAAGUUGACAUUUGAUCCUGGUACAGUAGAAGAUGGCUUGCUUACUGUGGAGUGUAAGCUGGACCACCCAUUCUAUGUUAAAAAUAAAGGUUGGUCAUCAUUUUAUCCAAGCUUGACUGUGGUACAGCAUGGAAUUCCAUGUUGUGAAAUUCAUAUUGGUGACGUAUGUCUACCUCCUGGACACCCUGAUGCCAUUAAUUUUGAUGAUUCAGGUGUUUUUGAUACAUUUAAAAGCUAUGACUUCACACCUAUGGACUCUUCUGCAGUUUAUGUUUUGAGUAGUAUGGCUCGCCAGCGCCGUGCGUCUUUGUCUUGUGGAGGACCUGGUAGCGCUCAAGAGUUUGCCGGCUCUGAAUUCAGUAAAAGCUGUGGUUCACCUGGGCCAUCACAGCUCUCCUCUGAUUCUCUGUAUGCUAAAGCUGUCAAAAGCCACAGCUCAGGGACUGUGAGUGCCACUUCUCCUAAUAAGUGCAAAAGACCAAUGAAUGCCUUCAUGCUUUUUGCCAAAAAAUACAGAGUUGAAUAUACUCAGAUGUAUCCAGGGAAAGAUAACAGAGCCAUUAGUGUGAUCCUUGGUGACAGGUGGAAAAAAAUGAAGAACGAGGAAAGGAGGAUGUACACAUUAGAAGCAAAGGCUUUGGCUGAAGAACAGAAGCGUUUAAAUCCUGACUGUUGGAAAAGAAAAAGAACCAAUUCAGGCUCUCAACAACAUUGAACCUGAUGCUUGCAUUUUUAAAUCUGUAUCUGCCUAAGUACUGACUCUGGAUGGAAAAGCCUGGAAGACCUUGGUCUCACCGUUUGUCCUGAAUUUGAGUGACCAUAAGAUACUGAUAGCAUUGAGUCCUGAAAUGAUUUAAUGAGUGAGGAUUUGCUUUCUCCAUUAGAGCAUUAAGUAAGCUACAACUAUCAACAUUGUAAACCAAAUUGCCUUAUUUUCCUUCCAAACUUCAUAUACGUCUAUCAGGUAAUAUAGGCUUGAAAAUUGAUAUCCUGUGGUGCUAAAGUACAGUAGAAAGAAAGAUGUGUAUACAUGUUUUAUUUUAAAUUGUACGAAGGGGAAUUAAAAAAUAAUGUAACUGCUGUUUAUACAUCAGCUCCUUACUGCUUAUUAAUCUGUAUUGUACCCACGAUAUCAGGAAUGAAGCAGAAGCUGGCCUUUUCAUGAGUAGCCAUCACAUGGCCCAGCAUCUGUGCCAAACACAGUCGCUUCUAGUCUGGCCAGUGCCAAGAGACAAUGUAACAUGGCAGGUAGAUGGUGUCAUUGUCCAAGCUAAAAGAGCCACCUGCUUCGGAUACCACGGGCAUGUGCUGAGUGGGUGCACCAGGGGGCAGCACUCCUCCAUUAUUUCCAGUGGGGGCCAAACCUGACGGAGGUGCAGUUGGUUAAUAGCAUUGGGAUAGUCACUGUAAUGGUGCUGUUGACAGUCGACACCAUUGUAUUUUAACGUGUUCUCUCUCCUCAGCCACACAUCUGACAUGUCUGUCUGUCACCGUUCUCCAUGGUGGGGCCGACUUUGCACUUACUGAAGUGCGACCCUUGCACUUUACUUCCCUCAGCUUUUAAACUAGAGCAAGGGCUGUGGCAGGACAGCUGCUGCUGCUCUGAGCUACAAUCACGGCUUCUCAUGUUACUUACCAAGUGGUAUUUUUGGUUAGGAAUCACAGCUGUAAAAUUGAUUUCAGUUCAUUACACUUCUUCAACAUGUUGCCCCUCAAUUUUGCACACUAUAUUCUUGUAUAUUAUUUGAAAUAAAAUGAAAGAACUCUUUGA